AGCAUAUUUAUAAUCAGCAUGAAAAUUUACAUAGGAAGUGACCUUUUCGCUGAAAACAAUCCUUAUGAUAUAGUAUUGACAAUAGUUAUAACAAUGCAUUUUUUUCACAACUUUGGAGUCGCUUUUCCCAGUCAAAUUGCAUUGACCAAAAACGAAAAUUUCAGGAAUGGUAGAGCUAGGUGUGCUGAUGAAGUUCCACUACAUGACAGGUUUUGGGAAUCCCAUAGUUGUUCGUGAGGGGGGUUCAAAGUUGGGAAAAAAUCGAAAGUAGGGCUCAAAGAUGGCUUUGCCAUUUGGUUCAGAAACAAGCUGGAGAUCUGCAAAUUUCAGCAUUAGAUAGAGGACAAUUAGACGAUUCAAGAGCACUAAUAAAAGUUAAAAUUUGAUUUGGGCUUCAUAGAGAUAUUUGAGUCCAAAAAACGCGAAAAAUUAGGAUUUCCUAUAGCAAUUUCCCAAAAAACAGAACUUGGGGGAAAAAAACGUCCGCUACAAAAAAUGAUCAACUCAACGAGUAGUAUCUAUGGUAGAAUUUUCGGAUUUCUAUCAUUUGAAAUAGAAAAGCUAGCCAUGGUCCAGUUUUGCUAGGAAAACCUACCUUGGCCCCCUCCUUCGGACCCCUUCCCAAGAUUUUAAAAUUUUUUUGCCCCUACAGCUAUGCUUAGGGUUACUAGUCCUACAAAUUCAGAAAGUUUCAUUCCAUUCGGUUAGAGUCGAUGUAAACUCUGGUACGUUCUCGAAAGAAUUACCCAAUAUAUAUAGUAACUCUAUUUUGGACUCAGUUACAACAUUUUUUCAGAUAAACUUUAAUUCGAACUAAAAAAAAUAAAUAAAAAAUGGAAAAUGAAUUCGAUUGAUACUAUAUCAAAAUAAGGACUAUUUUGGGAAUAGAUCCAAAGACAAUUCACGAGGAACUCACAACGGCUUUGGGACCCAAUGCUCCAUCAUAUUCAACAGUUGCAAGAUGGGCAAAGCGUUUCCGUGAAGGGCGAGAAGAUUUCAAUGAUGAACCUGGACCUGAUGAGAAAAGUUACAUCACGUUGGGUGCCCAUCAUCUUAAUGAUGAGCAAAAGCAAGAACGAGUUCGACUUUGCGGUGAAAAUUUGGCAAAAUUUCGUAGUGGUUCCUGGCGAUUAUGUGAUAUUAUUACAGAUGAUGAGACAUGGAUUUACCAUAGGCAGAUUGGUCACAAGUCAACAAACAAAAGCUGGGUUGGCGAAAGUGAAUCACCAACGACUAUGGUUCGUCGAAGAAGAUUUGAACCAAAAAAUUUAUUUUCUAUAUUUUUUAAAUCAAAUGGUCCUGUUCUUAUACAUUGUGUCGAUAAAGGCAAGACUGUAGAUCACAACUAUUAUAUAGAAAAUUGCCUUAAGCCUGUUGUCAAAGAAAUAUGGAAACAAAGAAAGUCAUCGGGUACAAAUGGCAUAAAAUUGCUUCACGACAAUGCUCCACCCCACACUCAUUCCGAUGUUAUUAAUUAUUUAACACAAGAAGGUAUCAAUAUAAUGCCGCAUCCACCAUAUUCACCUGACCUUGCACCAUGUGAUUACUGGCUAAAUGAUUACAUCAAACGUAAUUUAACUGACCAAGCAAAUGAGAAAUCAUUGACUCGUGCAAUAACCAAGAUAGUGAAAAAUAUUCCAGAAGAAGAGUUUAAAAAAACUUUUGACAAAUUGUUGGAAAGAAUGGAACUUUUUUUAACUAAUCAUGGCAACUAUUUUGAACAUUUAAUAAAAUAA